AUGGUUCGCAUCGCUCUUGCCUCGUUGGCGGUCGUCGCCGCGUCGUUCUUCUCGGCCGAUGCCAAGCCGUUCUUGUUCCACCACACGGACGUCGUGGAGCAGUUUGAGGCUCAAGGCGGGUCGUCGCUCGAGGCCGCGCAGCUCAUCAAGGAAGAGUGGUUCGAGCAGCAGCUCCUCGACCACGGCCACGGCAACUGCGGCGGCGAUGCGACGCACUGGAAGCAGCGCUUUUUUGCCAACGACGAGUUCUACGGCGGCCCCGGCUCGCCCGUCUUCCUCUACAUCAACGGCGAGAACGUGGCGCGCAACACGACCGUUGCGAGCAAGGGCCUCUUCAUGAACGUACUCGCCAAGAAGCACAAGGCUCUCAUCGUGUCGCUCGAGCACCGCUUCUACGGCAAGUCGCAGCCGACGGCCGACCUCAGCACCAAGAACCUCGCCUACCUCACGGCCGACAACGCGCUUGCCGACAUUGCGACGUUCCAGGACUUCUUUGUCGCCAACCGCAACCUCUCGGCGUCGUCGCCGUGGGUCGCCUUCGGCGGCAGCUACCCCGGUAUGCUCGCGGCUUGGACCAAGUUUUCGUUCCCGACGCGCUUUGCGGGCGCCGUGGCGAGCUCGGGCCCGAUCGAGAUCCACGCCGACUACCACGAGUACAUGAGCGUUGUCAGCACCGGCCUCCAGUACUAUGGUGGUGACGAGUGCGUCAGCACGCUCGCGGAAGGCCUCAAGCAGUUCCACAAGAUCGUCGCGAGCGACAAGCCGGACGACGUUGCGACGCUCAAGAAGCUCUUCAACCCGUGCACGCCGUUCACGUCGGACCUCGACCGCAUGGACAUUGAGUCCAACAUCAUGGGCGCGUACCAGAACUUUGCCCAGUCCAACGACUAUGCGGCGUAUGGCCUCAAGCACGCGUGCGCCGAUUUGACGGCCAAGGACGGGUUGAGCCCGCUCGAGAAGGUCGCCAAGAUCAACGCCCGCAGCUUCACGCCUGCGAGCAACUGCACGAGCACGUCGUACCAGGCCGACUGGAUCGACUCGCUCUCGGACCCGGCCAUGGACACCGCCGGCAUCAUGCGCCAGUGGAUCUUCCAGACGUGCAAUGAGUUCGGCUUUGGCCAGACGGCCAAGAAGUCCAAGGGGCCCUUCUCGGCGCUCGAGUAUGUCGACGUCGACCGUGUCUACUACCACAUGUGCAAGGAAGUGUACGGCAUCACCGACACGGACGCGCGCAUCGCGGCCAAGAAGGCGACCUUCCACGGCCUCGACAUCGAUGUCGAGAACGUCAUCUUCCCCAGCGGCACCAUCGACCCGUGGUCGGCCCUCGCGCCCUCCAACUCGACGCAGCUCAAGAACCCCAAGUCCAAGGUCGUCUUCAUCGAAGGCACGUCGCACUGCGCCGACAUGAGCGCGGCGAAGGCCACGGACUCGGGCCACAUGGUCUGGGCCCACCAGCAAGUCGAGGCCGCCGUCGCCAACUACCUCCAAAAGUAG